GCAUCCGACUGCCGCCAGCCCCUAGCCCUAUUUGAGCAUUCUUGGACCUUCGACCCGCUCGACGGCAUCCAGUCGGCCUUCCAGCCGCUUGCCAUCUUGCAGCCGACCGACUCAGCCUUCGCCGACUUCCGACCACCUGCAGUCGGAGCCAAAUAGCCGUCCAGCCGGACCUCCGUCAAGUGGGUGGUAGUUGCGCCAAUCAUCGGAACCUGUCAAUGCAGAGAAAGCCAAUGUUGGUACUAUAUAGCAAGAAGAUGGCUUCAAAUAAAGGACUACUUGCCUCUUUUGUUGAUUUGCAGGCUUGAGACACAGAAUUUCUCAUCUGUUCGAGACCUUUGUGGAGAUUUAUUAUUUAAGGCGAGCAGCUGCUUUCGGAGAUCGCCACCAAUGGCGGUCAUGGCGAGAAGUCAUCCUACUUCGACGGGUGGAAGGCUUACGAUGGAGAUCCAUACCAUCCGACGGAGAACCCGGAAGGGGUCAUCCAGAUGGGUUUGGCUGAGAAUCAGCUAAGCCAUGACUUGCCAGAGGAAUGGAUGUGGAAGCACCCGGAGGCCUCCAUUUGUACGCCGGAGGGGGUUGCACAGUUCAAAGCCGUCGCCAACUUUCAAGACUAUCACGGCCUUCCACCUUUCAGACAUGGAGUAGCUAAAUUGAUGGAGAAAGAGAGAGGUGGGAUGGUCAAAUUCGACCCGGACCGAAUAGUAAUGAGCGGCGGAGCCACCGGUGCGCAAGAGACGCUCGCUUUCUGCCUCGCAAAUCCCGGUGAUGCCUUCCUCGUUCCCGUCCCUUAUUAUCCAGCAUUCGACCGCGAUUUCUGCUGGCGAAGCCGCGCACGGCUCCUUCCGAUCACCUGCGACAGCUCCAACAACUUCAAACUCACCCCCUCCGCCCUCCAAUCCGCCCUCGACGACGCCCGCAUCGCAAACAUACCCGUCAAAGGCGUCCUCAUCACCAACCCUUCCAAUCCCCUCGGCACGACGAUGGACAGAUCCACCCUCGAAACUCUCCUCCACUUCACCAACACCCACCGCCUCCACCUCAUCUGCGACGAAAUCUUCGCCGGCACCGUUUUCGACUCCCCCGCCUUCAUCAGCAUCUCCCAAAUCCUCCUCUCCCAUCCCGCCGCCGACCCCAAUCUCGUCCACAUCGUCUCCAGCCUCUCCAAAACCCUCGGCCUUCCCGGCUUCCGCGUCGGCCUCAUCUACUCCUACAACGACGCCGUGGUCGCCACCGCCCGCAAGAUGUCCAGUUUCAACCUCGUUUCCACGCAAACGCAGCACCUUCUCGCCGCGAUGCUCGCCGACGACGAUUUUGUGAGCAAUUACUUGGAGGAGAACGCGAGGAGGCUUAGGGAGCGACGGGAUUUGUUCGUCGGCGGGCUUGGUCGGGUAGGGAUCCGGUGCUUGGAGGGCAAUGGGGGCUUGUUUUGCUGGAUGGAUUUAGGGGCGUUUCUGAAGGAGAGGAGCACGGAAGGGGAGCUGAAGCUAUGGAGAGCGAUUGUACACGACGUGAAGCUUAACGUGUCGCCGGGGUCGUCGUUCCAUUGCCAGGAGCCGGGUUGGUUUAGGGUUUGCUUCGCUAAUAUGGACGACGAGACGACGGAGGUGGCGCUGAGGAGGAUAAGGAUGUUUGUGGAUAGGGAGAGUGUGGUAGAGAAGCAGCAGCAGAAGAAGAUGAGGUUUAUGAAGGAUACUGGACUGAAGUUGAGCUUGCCGAGGAGGCUCGAGGAGUUGGCGGCGAUGACUCCGCGCCUUCCGUCGCCUCACUCGCCCCUUGUGCGAGCCACUACUUGAUCGAUAGGGAAAUUAUUAGGUCCGGUCACCGGACCUAUUUAACAUCCGCUAAAAAUUUGUACACGUCUGCAAAAUUUUAAGUCAAGUGCGUCAAAAGCGCAGGUGAAGCACAAUUAAAGCACAGUCAAAAUACAAUCAAAACACAGUUAAAACGCACAAUCAAAGCUUCAGUCAAGGUGGCAAGUUUUUAUUGGAUGUCCGGACCUAAAAAUAGGCCGGUGACCGGACCUAAUAAUUUGCCUGAUCGAUGGGCUUCGAUGCUAGUCUAGAUUAAUUUAUUUUUUCUUUUCAUUGAUUUGCUCAGUCUCAUUUAUGUAAAAAUAAAAUUUUGUUGGUUAAAAAUGUCUGCAUUUGUUUUUUCAUGGAAAUGUGUAUUGAUGGGGUAGCACAUUUGCAUGUUUAUACUUAUAACCUUGAGGUUGUAAGGGUUGAUUGGUUGUAUGGGGACUGGGCUUAGGAGAUCUAAUAAAUU